AUGCGCCCUGCUUGCCAGGGACGGACUCUCGGGCUUGACAACACUGUUUAUGAGCCUCUAGCUUACUACGAGCCACAGCCUAGAUGGUAUUGGCAUCAUCCAUACCGGUACUGGCAGCAUGAUACCGAAAGUUAUGCUGAACCCAAUUGCCCUUGGUACACAUACUACUACCCGUCAGAUUCUUCGGAGUCCCCCUCACCUCAGUCUGGCUACUAUUACGAUCAGUCCUUGGAUGAUGAGGAUGUUCCUCCUCCUCUAGUGAGCCUCCAGUUCACCCGCCACAGCCUGACGGCCAGCAUGUUCGACCUCUCGGUCAAGGAGAAGCCCCGAUCGCCCUUCCGGAGGCUGAAGGACAAGGUGAAGGGCCGGCAGAAGUACGACCUGGAGUCCGCCUCGGCCAUCGUGCCCAGCAGCAGCGGGGCCCUCGACCCCGACGGGGGGGACGGCGAGGAGGAGGAGGACGGCGGCUUUGGCCUGGCGGGCCGGAAGGGCAAGGCGAAAGGCGGGGGCGGCUUCUUCUUCCGGAGCAAGCUGCGCAAGUCGUCCCUCAGCCAGUCCAACACCUCCCUGGGCUCCGACAGCACCGUCUCCUCGGCGGGCAGCCUGGCGGGCCUCAGCCUGCCCGAGAGGAUGAGCCAGUCGCCCAGCCGGCACAGCAGUCUCUCCGCUGACCCCUCGGGGAGAGAUGUCCUGCCUUCUCCAAAGCUGACCCACAAGAGGGCCUUCAGCGAUGAAGUCUCCCAGAUCAGCGUGUUGCCAGAGUCUCCAUCGGCCCAGAGCUUGAAGCCCCUGAAGGAGCCCAUCUCCAGGUCCUCCCUCUGCAUCAACGGAAGCCACAUCUACUGCGAGGAGCCCUCCCCGAAGCCUUCCUUCCUCUCUUCGGCCCCACCUCUGGCCCCUCUCCCUCCUCCCCAGAGCAUUGCCCCCAAGCUGGAGGAGCGCCCUCUGGCCGGGCAGCCCCCCGCCGAGUCCGACCUGCCGCCCUGGCCAAGCAGCAGCAGCAGCCGUUUCCCAAAGGCCCCUCCCAACGACCCCCCCAGGUUCAUUCCUUCCCCGCCCAUCCUGGCGGCUCAGGAAGAAGACAAGCUCUCGGUCAAGACCAUCGCCCUCAACAAACACCGGGGCCGGGUCAAAAUGGAGGAGAGCCUGCGGACGGAGAGCAAGCCCGUCCAGAUCGCUGUGCCCGUGGUCUUCUCCUCGGAGGUCGUGCGAGUGAGGCCCCACGAGGAAGCCCCCAAGGGGGAGGAGGAGGACGAGAAGAAGAAGGCCACGCCUGGCUUCUUCCGCCGGGGGAGCGGCAAAGACAGCAGCAGGAAAAGCAGCCUGGCCGAAGGGGCCGAGACCUCCCCGAGGCCGGUGGUGGCAGAAGCCGGGAGCAGCGGGAGCUGGUUUGGUCGCCAGGAUUCGAAGGAGCCUCCCCAGAAGCCCAGCCCCCACCCGGUGAAGCCCAUCAGUAGCACCCCCAGGCCAGAGCUGGAGGAAGAGGAGGAGGAGGAGCGGAAGCGGCGAGUUGUCAGCCUGACCCCAAUCCGGAGCGCCCCCCAGGAGAAGCUCAAGCCAAGCACUGGGGGUGGCAGCGUGGACUCUUCCUCUGCGACCCUGCAGCUGGAAAAGGCAGAAACAAAAAGGGACCCUUCGGCGCUGGACCCCUCAGCCAGGUACUACCACCUGACCCACGAUGAGCUCAUCCAGCUGCUGCUGAAGCGGGAGGCCGAGCUGGGCAAGAGGCAGGACCGCAUCCUGGAGCUGGAGAGCUACAUCGACCGCCUGCUCGUGCGCAUCAUGGAGCACUCUCCCACCCUGCUGCAGAUCCCUCNUCUCCUUGCUUGA